UGGCUGGCUGUAGCCGCGCCUCGGGGAGGUAGCGGCGCGCGGCGGCGCUCCCGGGGCUGGAUGGCCUGGGGGGGGCUGGCGGGCUGGCCCUGGCCGCCCCGGGACCCCGUCUGCUGCGCGCUGCUGGCGGCCGCCGGGCUCUUGCUGGGGCUCUACUGGCUGCUGAGCCGCCCGCCCCGGGGGCUCCCGCCGGGCCCCAGACCCUGGCCGCUGGUGGGCAACUUCGGCUUCGCGCUGCUGCCCGGGCCGCUGCGGAAGAAGUGGCAGGGGGGCUCCCGGACGCUCUCCCCGCACCUGCUCCUGACCGGCCUGGCCAAGGUCUACGGCAGCGUCUUCAGCCUCUUCGUGGGCAGCCGCCCCAUGAUCGUGCUCAGCGACUUCGAGGCGGUGCGGGAGGCGCUGGUCAGCCAGGCCGAGGUGUUCAGCGACCGGCCCAGCAUCCCCAUCGUGGCCAUGCUCACCAAGAAGAAGGGUGUCGUUUUUGCACCAUAUGGUCCAGUAUGGAGGCAACAGAGGAAGUUUUCUCACUCAACUCUUCGUCAUUUUGGAUUAGGAAAGCAUAGCCUGGAACCCAAAAUCAUUGAAGAACUGAAGUAUGUGAAGGAAGAAAUGCUAAGAUACGGAAAGGAUCCAUUUAACCCCUUUCCCAUUAUCAGCAACUCUGUGUCCAAUGUUAUCUGUUCCAUGGCCUUUGGUAGGCGCUUUGACUAUGAAGACAUUGAGUUUAAGACCAUGCUAAGUCUCAUGUCACGUGCGCUAGAGAUUAGUGUAAAUAGCCAUGUACUUCUGGUCAAUAUUUGUCCUUGGCUGUAUUAUCUUCCCUUUGGCCCUUUCAGAGAACUGAGACAAAUUGAGUUGGAUGUCACAGCUUUUCUAAAGAAAAUAAUUGCACAGCACAGGGACACCCUGGAUAGAGAAAAUCCCAGAGACUUCAUCGAUAUGUAUCUCCUCCAAGUGGAAGAAGAGCAAGAGAGCAACAGUGAGAGCAGCUUUAACGAAGACUACCUGUUUUUUAUCAUUGGUGACCUCUUCAUCGCAGGAACUGACACCACUACCAACACAUUGCUUUGGUGUCUGCUCUAUAUGUCUCUCCACCCAGAAAUACAAGAAAAGGUUCAUGCAGAAAUUGAACUGGUCAUCGGGCGUGACAGAGCUCCUUCUCUCACUGACAAGGCUCAUAUGCCCUUCACAGAGGCAACCAUCAUGGAGGUGCAGAGGAUGACUGUGGUUGUUCCUCUUUCUGUUCCUCGAAUGGCCUCAGAAACUGCUGUGCUACGGGGAUAUACUGUUCCUAAGGGCAGUGUGAUUGUGCCCAACUUGUGGUCGGUGCACAGAGAUCCAAAUGUAUGGGAGAGACCAGAUGACUUCCAACCAACAAGAUUUCUGGAUGAAAAUGGCCAGCUAAUCAAAAGAGAAACCUUCAUUCCUUUCGGAAUUGGUAAACGUGUGUGCAUGGGAGAGCAGCUGGCAAAAAUGGAGCUAUUCUUGAUGUUUGUAAAUCUCAUGCAAAAUUUCACCUUUUUGUAUCCCGAGACUGCUACAAAACCAGCCAUGGAAGGAAGAUUUGGCCUAACUUUAGCUCCAUUUCCAUUCAAUAUAAUUGCUUUGAAGAGAUGAAGAAACUUCAAAAAAGACUAAAUGAAGAGAUACUGCACUUAGCAAAUUCAGCUUCAUAUUUUUAUCAUUCUAAGGUAUGAAAACAUGUUCAAUAAAAAUGAUUGGUGAACAUUC